UGUUGUCAAUUGACUGUGAUUUCUCACUUUGUACAGCUGGUCUGUCCUGUUACUCCAAGUUAGGAAAGGCCACCCAUGGUCGUUUAUUAUGUGCCUACUGCACUGGUUAGUGGUUUCAGUUUGCUCAAGGGGGCUCAAAUGUUCCACUUUAGGGGACUAAUGUAUGCAGGGUUGGUCCAGUUAGUUCAUGUUGGAUUUGUACUUAAAUGUGUGGAAAGGAAGUCGCUGUCUCUUUUAACUUGGAGGUUAAGAGGUCAUAGUAAUGUUUUGCUUUUCUGUUUAUUUCUGCUGCUCUGGUUUUGUAACACUGCUCACUCUUCGUGAGGCUUGAGUAAUAACCAGCUUAAAGCAAUAGUGUUCCUGACAUAGGAUCCCCUUCAUAGCAAUACACAGGUCCCGUGACACAACAUUUGAAGCUGUUUUACAGGAGGAACAUUUGGUCCCUGGCGAUUUGCUUUUUUUAAUCCCCGACUGCACUCGUCUGUCUGUGCAUUGGCUUUAUUAGUGUAGUGGAGAGAACAUUGUAGUUCAGUGGCUUUAGUUUCUAGUCAAGACUGCAGAAGUGCUUUUCUGAAUAAUUCUUUGGAAGCUGCAAGGGAGAUGGAGAUCAGUCCUUUAAAAUUACGUUUUCAGGUGCAUGUUAAUAAACGUGUGUCAGUGAAUCAAAUGAGCAUCUUGCAGAGAUCUCAAGACUUGAUGUACCAGCACCCAAACCUUUCAGCAGGCUGCCCGGACAUGGAGUGGCAGACACCCGCUGUGUCGGAGAAGUUCCAGAGCCGCUUUGGGCGGCGGCCCAGCACCGCUGACAGCGCCGAUACCGGACUGGGCACCACCCCGUCGGACAGCACUGAAGAUUUCCACAGUUCCAGUGGCAGCCCCUCCUUCCAGCCAAUUAGGAGCCAAGUCACCAUCCCCACUGCUCAUGUCAUGCCCUCCACUGUGGGCAUGUCGCCUUCCAAACUGCACACUGUGGGCAAACACCAAGCCUGCACUCAGAUGAAUGGGGCAGAUCAAGACGCCAGCAGCAAAUCCUCUCCUGUCUCCAAGCAGGAGUCUCCCAGCCCUGAAAUGCGCACUCUUGUGAAUGGAGAUUCCAAUGCAAAGUCUGCACCUGGCGAUUGCUUGAGUCAUUACAGGACUGUAGUAAAUGGACUAGACCAUUCCCUCUUUCCCAACAGCGAGCAUUCGCGCCUGGACGAGUACAGGAAAUUUGACAUGCCUGCUAUCGAACCCACUCUGAACCAGUCGGCACUAUUGAGCACUUUUUAUGCAGACCCCAGGUACCGCCUGCAGCUGAGCAGCCAGCCUGACGGUACUGAGGCACGGAAAGAGGGCCAUUGCUCUGUAGACACAGCCUACAAAGCUCUCCCAGAAAGCAAGGCCGCAGGCUCUGCCUCUGAUCUGUGUGGGCCAAGGAACGGUUUCCUCCCCAGUUACUCUAGUGCUGCGCCUGUAGGACCUCACUCUGCCACAGCUCCACAGGCUUUCCCGUCCCAGCUGUGGAUGAGGGAGCAGGUGAAUGCCAAAGGAUAUGACUCCAGGUUGCUGGAUCGCUCCUGUGACCUGGCUGCCUGGCAGCAGCAGAAGCAGCAGCUUGAGAGCGUUCGGCUGCAGAUGGAGCAGAUGCAGUUACUCUCCUCAGGCUCUGGACAAUAUUCUUCAUUGUAUCCCUCUGUCCUGCAUCAAGAAGGCAAUAAGUGGGAUGCUGUAAUUAAAGCUAAUGAAAGCCUAAUUAAGGAGAAGGAAUUGGUCAUUGAAAGGCAAAAGCAGCAGAUGUCUCAGCUGGAGCAGAGACUGAGAGAGAGUGAACUGCAAGUCCACAGUGCUCUUCUUGGCCGGACAGCUCCCUAUUCUGAUGUUUAUUUACUAAGACUGCAGGAGGCCCAGAGGGAGAACACGUUCCUUCGAGCGCAGUUUGCUGAACGGACCGACAGCCUCAGCAGGGAGAGAGCCGAGUCUGAGAGGAAGCUUGCAGCAGUCGAGGCUGAGCUGCGCAAGUUAAAUGACACCUUCCAUCAAAUGACACAGAAGCAUGCAGAGGAAAUGAAGAAGCAGGAGGAACGGGUUCGCAGCAGAGACAAGCACAUCAACAGCCUGAAGAAGAAGUGUCAGAAGGAAUCUGAGCAGAACCGCGAGAAGCAGCAGAGGAUUGAGACACUGGAGAGGUACCUGGCUGACUUGCCGACCCUGGAGGACUACCAGAGACAGAGCCAGCAGCUGAAGGAGGUGGAGGAGAGGUCCAGCCAGCUGCAGGACACUGUUUCUGACCUCGAGGCCAAGCUGGCGGAAGCCCGGGCCACGGGCCGAGACCGAGAGUCCCAGCUGGAGAAGCAGAGGCAGAGGGAGCUGGAGCUGCUGUCCACUGUGCACAGUCUGCAGGAGAAGGUGAAGGAAAGUCUGGAGGAUGGAGCUAGACUACCUUCAGUGGACAUGGAGAAACUGAAAUCGGAGAACUCUGCUUUGAAAGACGAGCUGCAGAGGGUUAAGAAGGUUAUGGAAAUACAACAGAAGAAAAUGGAACAACUUGGGUCCCAAAUAAGGGGGUUGCAGGAGCAGGUGCUGCAGGAGGAGGGCACCAGUCAGGCCCUGCGAGAGGAGCUGGCAGGGAAGGACAAGGGGCUGCAGCAGCUCCGCUCGGCCGUCAAGGAGCUUUCAGCACAGAACCAGGAGCUGAUGGAGAGGAAUCUCACGCUGCAGGAGAAGCUGGGCCAGCCGGAUCGCAGCGCCCCCGCUGCACCGCAGAGCGCCCAGCUGGCACAGCGCCUGCACAGCGAGAUGGCAGCCUGUCUCUGUGACCUGCAGUCCCUCUGCAACAUCCUCACCCAUCGCGCUCAGGGCAGGGACCCCAACCUCUCCCUGCUGCUCGGAAUAACCUCUACACAGAUGGCUGCUGAUGACCAAGAUGACUGGCAGAACCCAGACGUUCUUUCCAAGAAGCUGUCGGAGGUCAAACAGCUCCGUCAAGAUGUGGAAGGGCUGAGGACCACCAUAUUGGACCGAUAUGCACAGGACAUGGGUGACAACUGCAUCACACAGUAACCAGAGUGGGGCUGCAGAGGAAUGUGGCUUUCUACCUGAGCCAGGAUGUGCCUUAAAACACAACAUAUUCUCAAAUGAAGCAGCUACUCUUGUUCACCACUAGAUGUGGCAUAAACACAGUCUUAAGAUUUGGUUAUUUAACAAAUCAAGAGUCCUAGUUAUGCCUGUUUGUUUGGAAACUGUCAAUUCUCAGUUUUACAUUAUCAUCAGACUUCAAAAGUACCAACAUUUAUUCAUUGUGGACACACUACAAGGGUGUAAUAUUGGGAAGAGAAAAAAUAUCUUAAUGAUUUUUUGUUACUUUAAAGUCUUCAGUAAUGAGCAACACCCUCAGAAACUGUACUAAGGAGUGAGACACAUUCUUCUAUGACCCCAUAUACCCCGUUUACUAUUAACACUAUUAUUACUAUUCAAAUAUGUUCCUGUGUGGGAUGCUUUGAUGUGGUUGACAAUCAACUGAAAAUGUUCAAAUGUUUUUGAGUGUCAGAAAUGUAAUGAUUGAUUGUAACAUGCCAUUUUUUAUGGUAAUCAACUGUAGUAUUAAUCACUGGAGUGGAAUGGUGGGGGGUAAGUGAGUGGGACUGGUCCAGUUACGUUUACACAUUUAGGGUUUAGACUGCAGGACAAGAGUGCUCGGUGUUUACCAUGCUUCUGUACAGCCUCAUUGUUUUUCUAGCUGUCUCUUGUGCUACAUGAUCUUGGGACGGCAGGAUAGCCAUAUUCUAACGGUUUCAAAUUCAUCCUUCGUUUUUUCUGUGACUGUGUUAGUAUUAACACUUCACGAACCUUGUAAAAUCUUAAAUCCAAGAUAAAAGGGAAACAUGGUCGUUUUGAAAUCUCAAGGUUUCACUGGUUUGUAUGCAAAAUAAGUUAAUAGAUCAUCCCAAAGAAAGUUUUGGAAGUGAUGAAACAGUUGUUGCCCAGGAGUCACAGGGGGCAUUAAAGUACCAUGUUUUCUUAAAUCAGAACGUUCAUUUUCCUGGAAGCACAGUACAAGUUGUUUGGCAGAUUCUGCUGCUGUAGAACACUUCCCUGCUAGCUGAAAUAACUGAACUUGAUUUUGUGUUCCUGUAGCAAACCUUAUGGUUUCCUAAAUGACUCUACAGUUAAUUUAAUAGAAUCCAUCUCCUACUUCUGCUGCUUUUUGUGCACACUCUGCAGCUAAAGGUCACUUACUUUUUUGUAUUUUACAAGUCUGCAACAGAAGCAAACUAAGGUGCUUCAGUCUACCCACUGGAGCUAUCAUUUGGAAUUUUGAUUAGCAGUGAGUAGCUGUGUAUCUGGAAUAUUUGUUCUUUAUUUUCCAACCUACUAAUUUCAGUAUCCAUUUGUUGUAAAAACCUAUAUCAGAGAGGUUUUUGACAUUCUGAGAUUCAUCAAUAAAUGUGGUCUGGGACUCUUUCAAUGUAGUUUCACAAGGGAAGAAAAAAUCCGUACCAGAUUAGCAAACCUUUUGGUUUACAAAUGAGAGAUUGUUUAGAAUCAGUAAGGUGAUAAUUACAAUGGAAUAACUAAAAUAUGAAGACAGAAUUGAACUAUAGCCUCUGUUCUGGGCAGUCAAAACCUAAUGUAUAUGCCUAUAGGUGUUGAAGUGGAAAAUAUGCAGAAAUUUCAGGUUCCAGCUAUGCGCAUAUAACAAUCAAGCCUGCUUGAUAACCUUCCAAGCAUGCACCCUAUGUAUCUGGCUAAUUUUUAUAGGUAUGAUUUCUUUUCUAGACAUGAAUUCUAGACUUGUGUUAACAUGCAGUGUCCAUGUCCCUGACUUAUACUAUCUGGCUGUACUCGCACAAGCAUAGGCAAGUUUCUAAUGCAAGAAAACUGUAUUAACAGUAUGUAUGUUAUCAGCAUCACUUUAAAUGCCACAUGCUUGCCUUGUAAACAGAUCUACAAAGAUUAUGACAGCAGACGAAUAACGUGCAGAGAAGCAGUGUCAGUGCCUCGUGCAUUGA